AUGCAGUUGGCCAUAUCUUGUAUCCUGUCAUUGGCAGUGCAUGCUGCCGCGCUGUAUCUAUUCGCGCCCGAAAACUCGACACAUAUUCAACUUUCCAAUAGAAUUCCCUCCAUCCAAGACCUCGCGAACUCUCAGUUAACCACCAACCACGGCUCCUGGUGGGCAGGUUUCCUCAUCACCGGCAAGAACUUCCGCCAAUAUGCCGUGAUCUCCCAUUGA